CUUCCUUCUGAGAUUGGUGACUUAAAGGAGCUAAGGAGGCUGGAUGUGAAUUAUAACCAGUUGGUUAGUUUACCCACCAGUGUACAGAAGCUGAGCCAGCUUGAGGAGCUGUACUUGUAUGGUAACAAAUUUACAGAACUUCCUUCUGAGAUUGGUGACUUAAAGGAGCUAUUGUCGCUGGAUGUGAGUUAUAACCAGUUGAUUAGUUUACCUACCAGUGUACAGAGGCUGAGCCAGCUUGAAGAGCUGUACUUGUCUGAUAACAAACUUACAGAACUGCCUUCUGAGAUUGGUGACUUAAAGAAGCUGAGGAGGCUGGGUGUUAGUGACAACCAGUUGGUUAGUUUACCCACCAGUAUACAGAAGCUGAACCAGCUUGAGGUGCUGCAGUUGUAUCAUAACAAACUCACAGAACUGCCUUCUGGGAUUGGUGACUUAAAGAAGCUGAGGAGGCUGGAUGUGAGUAACAACCAAUUGGUUAGUUUACCUACCAGUAUACAGAAGCUGAACCAGCUUGAGGUGCUGCAGUUGUAUCAUAACAGACUUACAGAACUGCCUUCAGGGAUUGGUGACUUAAAGAAGCUGAAGAGGCUGUAUGUGAGUUACAACCAGUUGGCUAGUUUACCUACCAGUAUACAGAAACUGAACCAGCUUGAGGAGCUGUACUUGAGCGAUAACAAACUUACAGAACUGCCAUCUGAGAUUGGUGACUUAAAGGAGCUGAGGGAUCUGGAUGUGAGUAUCAACCAGUUGGUUGGUUUACCUACCAGUAUACAGAAGCUGAACCAGCUUGGGUAGCUGCAAUUAAAAGGUAACAAACUUACGGAACUGCCUUCUGAGAUUGGUGACUUAACGGAGCUGAGGAAGCUGUCUGUGAGUAACAACCAGUUGAUUAGUUUACCUACCAGUGUACAGAAGCUGAACCAGCUUGAGGAGCUGCACUUGAAUGGUAACAAACUUACGGAACUGCCUUCUGAGAUUGGUGACUUAAACAAGCUGUGGUGGCUGUAUGUGAAUAACAACCAGUUGGUUAGUUUACCUACCAGUAUACAAAAGCUGAACCAGCUUGGGGAGCUGCACUUGAAUGGUAACAAACUUACGGAACUGCCUUCUGAGAUUGGUGACUUAACGGAGCUGAGGAGGCUGUAUGUGAGUAACAACCAGUUGGUUAGUUUACCUACCCGUAUACAGAAACUGAAACAGCUUGAGCAACUGCACUUGUCUGGUAACAGACUUACAGAACUGCCUUCUGAGAUUGGUGAAUUACAGGGGCUGUGGAGGCUGGAUGUGAGUGGUAAUCCUUUAUCUUCGGUUAUAACAGGUGGGUGUGGGGAUAAUUUUCAAUGAAAUUGUCAUCGAUAAGUCAGUUUUUAGAAUGGUGCUUUUCAUAGAUGUGAAAUAUUUCAAUUUAAAAAAAGUGCCUUUAUUUUUGUCUUUGGUUUUAACAAGGCUCGAGCAAAAUUAGGAAUGGCCAAACUAACCUUCCUUCAUACUUUGUGUAGUUAUUUGUUAAUAGUUUCAAAUGAAAUUCACUCACUGUGGCAUUCGUUUGACUGCUAACAUCAACCUGCCCCCCUCCCCCCCGCCGCCCACCAAUGACUUCUGUUUAUUGUCAUUUACAAAGGGAACGGAAAAUGUUUGUUGAAAAGGCUAAAAAAAACGUUUCUGAGGGAAUGUUUUUUCGUUCGAAGUUGUGACAGGAUAUAAAUAUUUUACCCAACACCUUUUUGAAAUGGCAAGCAAAUUUUAAUUUAUAGUUCGAUGCCAUGAUGAAGGCAACUUGGCAGUGUUCCUUAACCUUAGCAUCUAUAUCUAAGGUCCUUUACUGAACAAUGUACCAUACGCCCCACGAGAAUAUUUGACCUCUAAAGUUGCAAACACAGCAAGAAAAUGGACUAUAUAUUUUGUAUUGUAAACAUAAACAUUUAUUUGAGUUAGGUAACAAAACUUUCAUAAAAUGAAAAAGGAGUUUCAUGAGAUCAUAACCAUAUGAGUUACAGAUAUUUUCUGUAGGCUUUACAAUCGAAAGCUUACGCGAGUGUUGUACAAUCAGCUAAUCCUUGCGGGUAAAAAAUUUCGAUUCAUUAGAAACCUGUCGUUUCGAUACAAAUCAUUUGGAUACGAACUCAAGCCGUGACACUACACAACAAUUUCGAUCACUUCUAAUAUUGUUUAUCCCGGCAAUUAUUACUCGUUAUUCAAGUCACAUCUCGUCUGAAUCAUUUUGCAUCGAAAAGACUUUGUAUCGAAACGACCAAAAACAGAACAAGCAUUUAAAAUUUGAUUAUUUUUUUACUUGAACAUUUUAUUAGAAAUAGAUGUUUUCAUAUUCGCUAAUAAAGAAAACGGUUGGUUCUGAUCCCUUUUUGCCUAUCAGUAUUGAAAGGAACUCUUUGUUUUCAAAAUCUACUCAAACUAGUCGCGCGCACGGGAACAUAUGUUCAAUUGAUGUGCUGUGACUAAUAAGAUCAAACGAUGUAGUUCAUUUUCAAUCACUAUGGAUGAACACCAACAUAAGUGCAACAAUUACUGCACGUAUCUGAUUGUAGCGCAGAUCGUUUGAGUCAAAAAUUUCUCGAGGUGUUACGUUGCGGCGAGUUAGAUGCUCCUCUACGCGGGCGAACGGCUCCUCGUCGAUCUCCAGUUCUUUUAGAAGCCUGUUGACCAUGGUAACUUCCCCUCGGCCACUUGCAAUCAUGUCGAGUGUAUAAAUCUCAGCAGUUGCUUCUGCCACCUUGACGUUUUUGGCGAUAUCAGCGAAUGACUCUCCUGGCGCCCACGUUUGAAUUGCAGCCUCUUUCUUCGGGAAAGUACUAAUUUUGCCAUACACUCUCCUCAGGGAAGAUAACUAAGAAGGAAUAUCAAACAAAAAUUACUGAAACUACCAUGGGGUAAUCGUUACUUUUUAGCACAUAACAGCAAACCAACAAGUUUUAUUUUUUUAAAAGAAAAGUAGAAUGUUGAUCACAUUGAUCUAUUUUUUUCUUCUAAAUAUUUGUGCUUACAUGAGAUGUCUUGGUGUAUUUCCACUCGGCAUGAGAGCAUUCUCCUUCUUCAGCUGGUCUCUUCAGGCUCCUACAAUGGCACAAGAAAGCGUGAUAAGUAAAGAAAAAUUCAACAUUUUGCUUGAAAAUUUUAAGACCAAUCGCCACUUACUUUCUUUCCAUCUUCACGGGUAAUUGUUGGCGUCUUUGCCGGUACGCGUGCUCUUCGUGAAUGAAAUCGAAGCGCGUCUCAUAUGAGAAUAAAAUGUUCUCACAUGUAAGUUAUAGAGGUGGCAAAUUGUGUAGGACAAUAGACAGUUAUGAAUCUCCUUUGUCUAGAAUAAACAAAGGUCAAUUGAGAACAAGUCCUUUUCAUUCGGAAAGUAAAAAGACAACAGCGAGAUUUCUCACUCUUCAUUUUGAAUGGACAAUCCCGCAGUGAAAGUGGUUUGUCAGAUAUAUCCAUCCCAGUUGCUACUUCGAGAUCUCAGAGAAAUAAGGUUGAAAUUGUGUACUUUCGGAAAACAACGUCGGGAUAAAAUUUGGCUGAAUUAGAGACGACGGUGUGAAUUGAGUUGUGAAUACUACUGGACUGAUAGGGCAUCCCUAAACUUUUUACUCGGUGACAAGACCAGAAUGAAAGUUUCAUCGAAGCUUUGGAUUUAUGUCUUUGCUUUUCUGGACGAAAAGGACUUAGUGAGUGCUGCUGGCGUGUGUUACGAGUGGUGGGAAAUGAUCUUCAGAAUCAGAGAUGUCCUUUCUGAUGGAUUUAGAGUAGGAGGAACUGGGUCUUUCGCGACGAGGAAGUUUGUAUCGUUUCGUCCCACUGAGGAUGUUUACUGCUUUGAUCAACCUAAAUUUGUCUUCCACAGCGAUCUCAAAUCGUCAUUUGCAGCAAAUAAUACGGGUUGCUGCGAAUUUGGAUAGUCUGAACAUUUCUAACUGUUCUGGUUUGGACCAAAGUUGCAUCUUCCAAAUCAGGCAAGAUUUGAACCAGCUAAGACACGUGGAUAUCUCUCAGAUCUCUGGAAACCCACAAUUUACAGUUCUUGCGGUUGCAUGUCUUUGCUCUUGCAAAAAUCUUCAAAUCAUUGUAACUUAUGGAUUGACGUUAAGUCCGGAGGAAUUGCUUUUCCUAACGAAAACAUUUGACUCAGUUUCUAACGGAACAUUGGAGAUAGAAACGGAGGAUGGCUACGAUGCCGCGAACGCGAUGAAUAUGUUUGCCAAAGAAGUGUUUGAAGACGAACUGUUGUUUUAGCUUUUUUUAUUUUCGUUUUGCUUGGUUUUCGUUUCCGUUUCUGUUUUUGUGAUUGGUGAUUGGAAUUUGUUGUAGACUGCCUAAGGUAUACCAGAAGAACUAAACAAUGUUUUUAGAAGUCUGUUUGCUUCUAUUACGGCGAAAUGCGAUACGUUGUUGACGUAAGAAAUAAAACAAUAACCAUGCAUAUAGCCAUGUUUUGAGUGUCAUGUUUCUUUACGCGCCCCAUCUUACAGCAAAAAUGUCAGAAAUGAUACUUUCCCAUUUCAUAUUUUAAUGCAACUCGCCAAGCUUAUAGGGUUUGGCUUACUUAACAGAAAGGCACUUCAGAAAAUUUCGAAAAUGAGCGUGUUUAACUUUCUGAAGUGAAAGAAAAUUCAAAUUUCGCGCGCUCAAUGUGGAUAGCCAAUCAUAAGGACCGAUUCUCAUUUAAUUAUAAAGUUGUCGCCUUUUAUUCCAACAGUGUAUUUUGCGCUACUCCCACUGUUUUUUGGCCUAGUUCUUGUGUGGAACAUUACUAAAAAUGUAUUCUUGAGGAAAGAUAGUGUUUUUUUGAAUUAUUUUUUGCCGUUAACUUUCUUUGGAUGUCAUUGGGGCGAUAUCAAGUUAGAAGCCAUUAAUAAUUCGUAUUUUUUUAAGUUUUACAGUCAGUUAUUGGCAGCACUAAAACAUGGGAUCCGCCAUCCGGACUGACGGAAACGGAAUCACAGAAGCGAAAACGGAAACGGAAUACGGAAUCAAAUAUCAAUGAUAGAAAAUUAAACAAUUUCACAUUGCAUAAUUUAGUACAAUCCAAAGAGAAUUUGUUUUAGUUUUCUUGGCAGUUCCCUUAAAUAUAUUCUUGUUAUUGUGUCUUAAUAAGAUUUGCCGUAGUGUGGUUAUUGCACUGCAAGGUCGAUGAAAGUAAAUAUACGAGUAAUUUUUAUUCACGAGUUUAUGGGUUGAAUAAUACAGUUAAAUAUUACCUCUGUAGCUAAAUGUCAAGAAUUUAUUAAUUAGCCUCAGACCACACCACGUGAUUGUCCCCAAACUGAAUACUCAACGCAUGACCGACCCUUGAUGUGACCACAGUUCCGGUGUUUUGGCAAUAAGUUCAACUUUUUCGCCAGGUGAGUACUGAUGGAAUACAGUAAAAACCCGCGAGUAAGAACCUAAAAAUUAAGAACCUGUUAGCCUAAAAUUUGCCAUUUAUACCCCGUAUAAACAAGAACCUGUUUAACCUAGAAAAUGAAAAACAGGUUCUUAUUUUUUAAAAUCAUAUAAGUGAAAUGCAGCUGCAAAGCUGUGCAAGAAUCCUGUUUGGAGAAAUAGGAGCUUGGCAUUGCUGUGCAAUUAAAAGUGCUACUUUAUUGACAUAAUAGAAAAAUAAAGUGCAAGGGGUUACAUGUAAUAUUGUUGUAUCGCAUUUUGAAAUACUGUACAUCAAUAAAACACAGCAAUACAUAUAAAUCAGCACAAUAUGCAGUCUGAGGUACAGUGGGAAGUGAGCAAUAUAAAAAGGAUCCCUCUUUUGAUCUUGGAAGCAGUUUCUCUGUCAACCUCAAAGUUUUUGUUACAGUUAAGGCUAGGCAGCUAGGCAAAAUAUGUAAAUGUCUAUGUUACUGUUCUUGAGGGUGGUGGUGCUGGUGGUGGAGGGGGGAAGGGGAUGACUGAAAAAUAGACUGAUUACCAUCUUCUUUUGCUUGUUUGUUUGUUUGUGUUUUUUUUUUUACCGAAAUAAGAACCUAUUUAAGAACCUAAAUAGCCUAAAAUUGUGUUAACUACCAUUUAAAUAAGAACCUGGGGCCCGUUUCUCGAAGCUCCCGGUAAUUACCGGGCCCGUUAAGCUGUUUUGUUUUCCAUUUUAGAAGGAAGUUUUAAAAGUUUUGAAAAUUAUACAGUAGAGUUAUUAGCUAACGAAACAAAACGGACUUCAUUAGAGGUCAGAACACACCCUACUUUUCUUGAGACUUUGAUUUAAAAAUAUGAUUCCGGGCCCGUUAAGUUACCGGGACUUUCGAGAAACGGGCCCCUGUUUAGGCCAACUCCAGAAAAUGGAGGUUCUUACUCGUGGGUUUUUACUGUACUGGUGUACCGGUAAUUGAGUUUACGUUGACGUCCGUAUUUUUGUUGAAGAGGCUUAUUAAACAUGGCGCAUUAUUUUGAUGUAAUCAGUUGCGGAAUGAAGCAAAUGCAUGCACAAUUCUCUCUUCUCUUUGGACUCGACAAUGCCAUGGUUCUCUUGAGUAAGUUGUCUUGAUAAAUAAAACUGAACACUAUUGAAGACAACCCAGAAAAGACACCCAGGAAAAACUUGACGGCGACGCCUUUCAGUUAUAUAAACGACGCCUCUGUCGAUUUAAACAAAGUCUGUUUCCAUAUAACUUACCUUUUUUCUUAAGGAACUAGCUUUUGUCAGUGAUGUUUUUGUCCUCGCUUUGCUGUCCCAUGAGAAUUGCAUCCAUUGCCGGAAGUGGUAUCAAGAGUCUUUUCACCGGAAUCGACUCCCGUGAUACAGCAGUAUUAGCAGUCUCCUCUACUCACCUAAUUUAUUCAUUUAUGUCUUUUUUUUAUCUGUUUAUUUAUUUUUUUGUCAUUGCUAACAUUUUUUUUUCAAAUCGAUCGCUUGGAACCUUCUUUCACGGAUUCCGUAUUCCGUUUCCGUUUCUCAGAUAACUUAGCAAGAUCUAAUAUGUUUUCCAGCAAAAAACUGCAUCGAAUUGACUAUUUAGCAAUUAUUGAAUGAUGUUGAGUAUUAUUUGAAAAUAUUAUGCAGAUCGAGGAGUAUUUUAGGUGGAUAACCUCCUCCGAGAUCUACAUUAUUCUUCGCAUCAUAUGGAAGCCGAAUUCAGUAAUUGUUAAUAUUUUUCAUUCAAAAUAUAUCUAACUUCUUAGCAAAUUUUUCCUCCUCCCAGACUUUCUUCUAAACUUAAGUCUAUUUCUAGGCAAGGUUUCAGGAUAUUAACAGAUGUUUUCUCGUAGAUACUCCUCAAAACAUAGAAAACAUCCGAUAAGCAAUAUGUUUUGCGUAAUCUUGAAUUUCUUCCGUUCAGUUUUAGUCAGAAAUUCAGCUAUUUCGUCUUCGGAUAGCCGUGAACGCCAUUUUUUAGUUCACUCGUGAAUAAACAGCUAGGUACUCUGGGUACAGAGGUUUCUCUUCCGUGUGGUGACACGUCUUUUGCCGAAGGGUCACUAGAAAGACUUGACAGAAACCGCAAAACUGCGCAUGAAAAGUCUCUUGCAUCUGGUCCAGGGAUAAGGGGAUAAGCCUACUGGGAGGUUAGUCUCCUUCGCAGCCGUUAUUAGGGUCGUCUCGCAACGCUCCUCCCCACUACGGGGAGGUAAGAUUGUUAAAAAUUUUAAAAUAUUUUGAAUGACUAAAAAGUCAUUAUUGAAUAAGACUGAGAAUCAUGUGCAGAUCUCUGCGGCUGUUAUAAUUCCACUGAUAACAUUGUCCUCCGACUGCAUUGUGGUUCAUAUCAUUCAAAAAGGGUUAAAUAUUCCAUAGCGCUUGCGUUGGUUAUGAGAUUUCAGUUAGCCAACGAAGCGCGUGAUAUGCGAACGUUCUGUUUCAUUUCUCAAGGGCUGUUCACACUGCCCGGAAACCACUGCAUAGGUACCGGCCCGAAAUGGUUUUCCGAUCACGCCGUAAGUAAUCGAUAUGCAACUGUGUACAUAUAUAUAGUUACUCCAUUUCUCCCUGUCUGACGCCAUUUUUUAAAAACAUGGGCUUUGCAAUGAUUAUAAAGCCGUGGAUGGCCACAUAACUAACAAAAACUGUGUGCACAGAGGGGCCCGAUGCCCACUUUAGUACCCGGGUACAAGGUCGAGGCCUUGUACUCGGGCACCGGCACUUUGCCCAAAUUCUAGCGUGGGUACGCUUGAAAAAAGGGUGUGUUCACAUUAGUGCCCAGUGAAGUACCGUACUCAGGCACCGUGUCUGUGAACGCUGCCUUAAUUUUCCGCGUGCAACAAAGGAAUUAGGACACGUCUGCCGGCACGCAGGCUAUUUGAUCCAUUGAUGUCAAAUUCAGCUUUUAACGAGAAUCGCCGAAAGGCGGUUUUUAACUGGGCUGCCAAGGGGCUAUUUUUUCUGAGGGGAGGGGGCGGCUAUACACACUCAGGCUACCAUAAAGCCUUGUCGCCUACCAUUGCGUGAAACAGAAUCUCUUGUGAGACUGAAACAUAAACUCAUUCAGAAAAUUGUGCCCUUUUGAAAGACUUUCGUACCAAACAAAAUGAGUACCAUUUUUAAGUGGGGGCUGUAUAAUAACUUUUAAUUUCCACCAUUAUGAUCAAACAAGUUAGCCAUUAACUUCAAGCAGGAAACAAUUUGCAUUAUUUUCACGCACCCCUCCCCCAAUCCCUAUGCCGCUUUAUAAAUCCUCCGAAGUUUUUGUGCCAGCUAAACAAUAUGGAAACGCUAUUCACAGUCCUUGGAUAUUAAAAAGACUGAACGCAACGCACUAUGCCCUUGUUUACUGCCUUCUGAUCCCAUCUGCACGAGAACUCUUUCUUUUCAAGCGGUACAUCUCAAUGCACAAUAAUUGACCUUUAUAUUAAUUAAAAUCCUGUGGUUCAUUUAUAUGAAUACUGUUUUUGCCCCUCACAUUUACUGUGUUCGUUCCUAUUCAAAAAACCUUUAGGAAAAUAAAGGUCGUGUAAGUUAUGUGUAUUAUGUUUCGAGAUAAAUGGAUUGUACUCUUUUUUAAGUUCCCGCCAUUUUGCGAUGACUUCAGUUUGCUUCUCCGUAAAAUGGUAGAAGAAACAUCAAGAAACAUCACGCGAGCUGAAAAUUUACAAAGGCAUGUUUUUUUGAACCCGCUAAUGCUGACAUCAAUGUAUCGUGCUUGCUGAAUGGGCGAAAACACAGAAUUGUGAUAACAAGAUCAUGUACAAACUUAAUGAUAAAAGCUUAGCAAGAUACAGAUACAAACAAAAGCAAACCCCCUGAAACCUCGACCUGGGCUACACUUGUAUGCUUUACUCAGUCACCAAACCUUGUCAGUAAUAGCUCCUAUUUUCCUCAAGUUGGUCUUUGUGAAGCUCCCAGAUGGGAUGUCCAGGUGAAGCUUUGAACUUGUGUGCGAAAUUUUCAAAGUUCCUAUAUUUGUCUGUGUCUUCUUUAUCCUCAGUAUCCGAAAUUCAGACCUCCAAAGUGGCGUGUGUUGCAUUAAAUAGAAGGAAAUAUUAAAAGGAAAAGCCAGUCUUCUAACAUGGCAAAGUUGUCACGUCCCUCUCGCUCACGGACGUCCAUUUCGUCACAUCAGGAUUCAUCUGACAUUCAUCGGCAACUGAGGUGUUCGCUUCACUGAGUACGAGAGCUUACAAUCAAGUCUUUAGCCAUAGUGUCGUCAGCUGGUGAUAUACUUUGCUAAUAAAUUCUGCUUAUUAAUUGCUCAUGUACUACAUCGAUCGAUAAUUCUCUCUUUGAGUUCACGAAGCGGCCUGGGCGUUCCAAACCUGACGCUCACAGUCAUCGUUUAGUGUGCACCUACCGUGAACGGCGUGUGGGUUUGUAUGCAACGUUAGCAUUCCUUUGAGUUUCCCAGCGCCAACAUCAUCAACUGACUUAAACUCGAACAACGACAAAACUUGUAAGAAUGACUCCCAUGAUCGAAUCGCUUUGAGCAACGCAAAUACCUCCUUUCAGGUUCGCAACGCCUUCUGGGUUUCUGGGGCGGGGCGGAGGACAGGUACAAAAAGUAUUCGUGCUAGGGUCCGUGCAAGGGAAAAUCGUAUGAAACCAUUUGUGAGAACAUCGUCUCUCGGUACCAGACCUCGUGUCUUCCCUCCCCCGGGGCACCGUUUUUCUGCACAGACGACCGAAAACCGAAUUUAUAACUGGCCGCCCUGAAAGGGGAAGCCCAGUAAUAAAACAGAAUCUUUUUUUAUUUGUCGGCAUAAAAACUGAAGCUUUCUGGUAUACUGUAUACGUAGACAUACAAACAUCGUCGGGUUUAUCCUAAUUUAUCUUAAUUAUCAUUGCACCUUAUCUUCCGUAAGGAGGAAUGAGUAUGCCUUCGUUCGAGCAAACAGCUGACACAGGAAUGUUUUGGAAUGCUGGCGAAGAGGAAGAAGUGGUUGAGACUGUGUUACCUAUGAAAGCCUCUAAAGAAGAGAUUGUAGUAAAGCCUGAAGAUGAAACUGAACUUGAAGACGUUGCUAAUGUCCCUCUCUGGGGAGCGAUUUUCAAACCGUUGCGUUUUAGUGAAUGUAUAUUCUGAUAUGAGUUUUAUCUGUAGACGGAAAGACUAAUUCCACGAAAGGAUGCUUUUUUCAAAGAGCCGAAAAAGGUGUCUGCUCUCGCAGGCUUGGAUUCGAGUGGACGGGGCUAAUGUUUUUAAUGUCUUUUAUUUUUUGCACGGGUUGCGUGCACCGUCUGCACUUUACAUCUACAACAUAAGUUUUGCGUAAAGUUCAAAAAGUCUAUAUUUUAACCGGCGUUUUGAAUUUCCAGCGUGUGCGAAACUUUUUAGGAGUACCAUUACGUUCUUAACAGUUUGUUUACUUUUUUAUUUAAAAAAGGAUCUGACUAGUCACAUCAAAGACCCCCUUUGAAAAGUAACAGUAAGCAUAAUCAUAAUCCGAUCACGCAAAAAUUCUAGCAUUCAACGUGAUAUGCGAAAGUUCAGCUUUAUUUCUCACCUUCCGCGGGCAACAAAAAAGCAUGCCCUUCUGCCAGCACUUGAGCUUUUUGUUCCAUUGAUGUCGAAUUCCACUUUUAAAACUGUAUAGGUAGACAUACAGUACUUUAGGUUUAUGCUAAUUUAUUUUAUUUUCGCAUCUUAUGGUCCCAAGGAGGAAAGAGUACGCCUUCGAUCGAACAAACUGCUGAAACUGGAAUGCUUUUGAGUGCUUGCGAAGACGAAAAAGUGGCUGAGACUGUGUUACCUGUGAAACUCGCAAAUGAAGAGGUUGUCGGAGAGCCUGGUGAAACUGAAGUUAAAGACAGUACUUAUGUCGGUGAAAGCAGAAGUGUCAUUACAAGGUAAGUACCGUGGAACCUUAGAUAUUCUACACUUGUUGAAAAAAAAAGUGGCAGUGAAACAUUCUUGUUUUGCUCGAGAUUAGUUUCGAGAGUUUUCAUUUUUCAUCCUUCCACACCAGAACAGUGUUCGGCGAAAUUGACCUUUCGUCUCUGGGGAGCGUUUUUUUAAAAAGUUGCGUUUUAGUGAGUGUUUUAUUCUGAUACGAGUUAUAUCUGUAGACGGAAGACUAAUUCCACGAAAAAAGAUGCUUUUUUCAAAGAGCCGUAAAAGGCGUCUGCUCUCGCAGGCUUGGAUACGUGUUGACGGGGCCAUAUGAUUUUAAUGUCUUUUAUUUUUUGCACGGGUUGAGUGCACCGUGUGCACUCUCGGCAUCUACAACAUAAGUUUUGCGUAAAGUUCAAAAAGUCUAUAUUUCACCCGGCGUUUUGAAUUUCUCCAUGUGCGAAACUUGUUAGGAGUACAAAUUCCGUUCUUUUCAGUAUUUUAUUUUUUUUUUUUUUUUUUUUUUAAAAAGAUGAUUCUACUAGUCACAUCAAAGACCCCCUUUGUAAAGUGUUUCGCUCACCGUAACAGUAAGCAUAAUUAUACAUCGUAGACGAGCAUCCGACUGAACGUCGCAGUCAAAAUUUAGCAAAGUUCUGUUUUUUCAAUAGAAUAUUGUUUAAAAUCCGACAACGACAGACUUUGUUUAGUUUCUUUGCUCAACGCUAAGGGUAGGGUAUCCUAAUUUUGGAGGAUAAAAGUAGCUAAGAGUUGAUGUUAAAUAAUAUAGUUAACAUUAUAUUAUGUUUAUAUUCUAGUACGACGAUUUUUUUUGUCUUGAACUCGUCAAAAAGAAGAAGACUAACAUUGACCCCUGUACUGCAUGGAACAAAACCAUUAUUGUCCAGUCUCUGUCCCCUAUCCCCCCCCCCCCCCCCACCCCCCAAAAGAAAAUAAGCUUUACAAAUUAUGUUCUUCAUUGAUUGUAGAUUUUACUUAUUUUACUUACUUUUUACUUUUAGCUAUGUUUUGAUAACAACCGACUAUUAAAAUUUUGGCUCAUUGCAGAGAAAUAGUGACCAGUGAAGGUACCCGCUGGGCCCUCAAACAAGGGGGUGUCCAUCUUAUAUUCCAUCCAAAUGCUGUGUCUGAGCCUACGUCAAUAGUGAUCUACAGAUGGAAAUCCAGUGUCUGCUCACCCCCGCUGCAGGAACACGAGGCCAUUGUCAGCAAUGUUAUUGAACUAUCUUCCCACGAUGGCCAACGCCUGCAAUUCAAUACCAUGGUGACUUUGUCGCUUUCUCACAGCGCACCGGAACUACGGGGCUACGAAGUGGUGAUAAAACGGCAGAUCAACAAGGAGACCAAUGAAUGGGAAGACGUGAGUGGAACCAAGGACUUACGCUGUCGCCAAGGUAAUGUAGUAGACUUAUGGCAACUAUAGAGAACCGUUUGGCAGACCCUGUUUCCCUAAGCCGGAGGCGGUGUACGUCAUCCGUAUUGCUGAAGGGUUUGUCUUGUUUUGUUUUUUUGAGAUAGUGUUCAUAUCAAGUGUUGCAGUUGCGAUUGCGCUCUCGAUCUGAAUCUUGUUUCCAGUCUUGAUUUCUAUAACGUCAGUCUUUUUUAGAUGGCAAAGGAAGUAAAAAAAAGGGCACAAUUAUUAUGAUACUUACAUUUUACUUGUAUUUUUUGUCGGUAGCAGAUAUCGAAGAUGAGCGCCCUACCGACAAGGAUAUACCAGACCUUUUGUUCCCCGUUGCUCAAGCUGACAUAAAUGAGUGCUCAACAUAUGCAGUGGUUUGCCGUCUCAAAUCUUCUCCGCCUUACACCAUCACAUCUACUGGCGGUUUAUUCAUUCAUCCUGAUUAUCCAGGCGUGACGGUUACAAUCCCCGAAAAUGCUGUUGCACCCGAGUCACCGUUUACCCUGGAGUUAAAGGUUGGUGUGAUUAAAAAGGUCCAUUUAUAAAGAAAGUGUUAUCAUAAAGGCUUUUUAAAGUGAUACGUUUUUUUAAAAAUGACGAUCUAAUAAUGACCAGGCUAGAGGGCUGGACUGAAAAAUCGUUUUCUGAAUAUUGGAGAGAUCUUUUUGUUACUUGAAUUAUGGGGAACCUAAGUCAAUUUUAAGGCCUAAAAGAAUCCAUGAAAUUAACUGCUGAUGAUUACUCUUUUAAAUGGUGCAGGUGCAAGAAGUUACAAAUGAAGAAUUUGAAGAGGAAGGUGUAUUUCUUGGACCUAUUCUGCGAAUAAAAUGCUUUGAAGUUAUCCAGUUCUUUAGGCCUGUAACCAUUCAGCUACCGGUUUCUCUUCAAGACCGGCAAGACUUUAAUCCAGAUCCCACUAAAUGCCAUGUAAGAGUGUUGUUCCUGAAUUGCGAGGAGGAAAAAAAGGAAUGGACUGAACUCACUGAUCUGGUGAAACCUGCACAGUUUGACGGGAGUUUUGUUAGGAUCCAGGUCCAACGAUUUUCUGGGUAAAGACGCUAAAAAAAAUCCAUUUUGUUAUUUAGAAUAGAUGGACUUUUUUAAAAGCCACUGUUUAACGGAUUCAACAAUGGUAAGUGUUAGUCCAACUUCGUUCUACAUUGUUGGACGCAGCAUGUUAGAUGUGUUUUAUGGUGUUGGAUGCUGUUGGAUCAAGUUUGAGUUCGCCUGUCCACAGACGUUUUCUCCUCGACAGCGCGCGCCUGUUUUCUCCUUUAAACACCUCCACCCCAAACCCGUUGCGCUUGAACACAAUAUAUUUCCCUGCGGGUUUUUAUUUCCGUAUGUGAGCUCGACGAUCGGCAAAGAGAAAUCGAUGGUCUGUGUACAGGCUCGGUUUGCGUGAGUUAAACCUGUAAACUGGUAUGCGAUGGUCCAUGUCAAAACAUGGAUUAAACAAAUAAAAGGCUUUUUUAGUUUUCCAUUUUCGAAAAGUAAUAAGCUCAGAAUUUAAACUUCCCAUGGGACAUUUUGGACAGUUUUAGGUUUAGGUUUUUGGGUUUGUUUGGAAGCUCAGUUUAAUAAGGAGUGGGUGUCUAGGUAUUCCGUAAGAUGCAUCCAGGAAGUUACCAAAAAUGACAGUUUUUCUUUUAAAACUUUAUUUCUCAUGCUCUAUCCUACUCAGGAUAGAUAUUACUCAGGUGGUUUGCACAAUAUUAAAACUCAAACAAUAUUCUGCAAGUUGUGGAAAAGAGGUUGACCGCUCAUGAACGAAUUGCUAACUGGCUUUUUUUCACUCAACACGCUAAGAUAAGCUCUUUCGAGUUUCUCUUUGCAAAAGUACUCGCACUCUUUUCGUAGUUUAAUCGUUAUAUCAGACGGCAAUUACUUAGCACAGCUCAAAUUUUAUCUGCGCCAUUUCAAGGCUCAUAUCAACUUCCUUCAAUCUGGCUCUCACUGUUUAAUUUUGGUUCUUCCAGAUAUUCCUAUCUUCUCGACUUGUGGAAAGAAAACUCCAGCGUUAAAGGACUUGGAAUUAUUGGUUACAUGAACCGACUGAUAAGCAAGCCGUGCAGACCAGCAAGUUUCUUCGCUUACUUUCGUCCGGAUUCUCCUGAAAUUUUACGCCUUAUUUGUUGUCAUACACACCUUACAAAUCGAGUGAUACAAGAUCUUGAGAAAAGAGACAUAACAUAUGUUGACGGCAGCUCAAUGCAAGAUAUGAUACCACGAGAGGACAAGGCAUUUGUUUUUGUAUCAGGGGGAAUAUGUCCAUUCGAUCAUGAGAACGUGAAUGAUGUUUACCUCAGGUAAGCUUUUUUUUAUAAACACAUCACAUACCAAUUCAAGAACGUGGAGCGCCUACACAAAUUCCGCCCCUCACCCUAUCCCCAAGUAGAACCGCUUUGUAAUUGAAUAGUCGUGCGAAUCGGUGGUUUUAAAAUGCUUAAAAGCAUCCUUUUGACUUUGGCAGCACUUCUUUGACGAUUUUCUUUUUUAAUACCACGUGUAACGUAUGGGUGAUAUACGCGCUGGUGCAAUAUUACACGCGUAGACGAUGUCUGUCAAUUUUUAAAGAAGCAACCGGCCUCAUGCUGCAGGCAACUGUAGGACGCCAGUAGGGAGUAAAAAUGUUUGUGGCAUUUUUUGCCUAUCUAGUUGAUUCCGAAUUCAUCGCAGCCGAGAAAUGAAAAAAUGAAAUGCAAAUUGAAUAAGUAAGGCCUUUGUCUUUUUUAUGUAUUAAGCUUACUGUAAGAGAACCGUUGUUAGAGCAUGAAUAUUUUUGGUUUACAUUUGAACAGGUUAUUAGAAGACGAGUUCCAGACUGAAUUGCGAGUUCGUGUCGUUGAAAACGAAGACCCAGCAAAAAUAGAGUUCCAUAACACCUCGACAACUACAGGAGGAAAGAGUCUGUUGUCUAAAAUUCAUUUGCCCAUCCAGAACAUUCCACUAGCGGUUAGUAGGUUCAGAUUCAGAUUUCAGAUUAUUAAGUUGUAUACAUUGAUGUCAUACCACUUUUUCAUUUCUGUCAGCAUUAAACCCUCUUAAAAUGUGUAAAAUUUCAAUGAAAAGUCCUCUGACGAUGAUCAUUAUCCAAGCCUUUUAGUGACGUUUUGAGACUGAGAAUUUUAGUGGGAAAAAUGGAGCAUUAAGGUGGACAUUUUAGUGGGGAAACAAAAGCAUAAUGUACAAUGGCCUAAAAGGAAAUACGUUCUCCGUGACGUCAUCACCUUGUUUGAACUCUAAUUGGUCAUGGGCAACGACCAAUCACAGCGCGCGUAAUAUUCGCCACAUUGUACAAACUCUUAUCGACUGAGGGUUAAGGUGAUGUUACAUGAGACGAUUCGCAACUACGAUUUUUAGCGCAACAUAGCAUUACAACAUUGUUUCGAAUGGUUGGAACAUUGUUCCAACAUUGUAACGCUGUGUUGCGCUAAAAAUCGUCGUUGCGAAUCGUCCUGUGUAGCAUCACCUGUAGAGGUUAAGGUUAGGGUUUUUGUUUGCGUUUGCGCUAGGGUUAGGGUCAGGUGACUUAUAUACACUCAAUUCACGCCAUAUUCACUGGGUACUUAAUGUUUAACAAAUCCACCAGUGCCUCGUUCUAAGUCAUUUUCAGUUUGCCCAACGCUAUUAUCUAAACACCGUCUACGUGAACAAUUUCAUGAAAGCUUAUAGUGUAGACUAGAAAAGUAUUUAUCUGGAGAUUCUAUGAUUUCUUAAACCGCGGCCUAAGUUAGAUUUCGUUUAGAUAACCAACCCUUUGUAUUGCAACUUAAGAGUGAACGAGGAGAUUGCUCAAGAUACACUGUAGUUGUAAGUUGUUUCUUGUAGAAUUUUUGCUUGUCCAAGCAGUGAAAACGUUUACUGAAAUUGUUGCGGGUAUUAAAAUUAAAAUCAUGCCAUUUGAAAGACAAUCAAGAUUUUCCUCUUAAUUAAUAAUGAAAAUAUUAACAUUUCCAGUGGGUAGCGUGAGAAAACAGACGACAUUUCGCGACGCAACCACUGUUUUUCCUGCGAAAUGACGUCUGAGAAACGAGUGUAGAAGUUCCAUACUGAUGACGUGUUUCUACCCAGAUCUGGGUAGUGCUUCUGAUCGGUUGAAGAAAAUUUCCAUCCAAUAAGAAGCACUACCCAGAUCUGUAAAACCUCUUAGUUCCUCGUGAUAACAGAAUCUUUCUGACCCUGAUUCGCAAUCAAGGUGUCUGUAUGCUAUUCAGUAAUUGUCAUUUUCUACCUUUAUGCCUUUCCAGCCAGAUCGGGAUUCGAGGGAGCGUCCGCGACAGCCUGGUAAGUUUUCAGUUUUCAUUAUAUCUUUCCACUUCUUUUCCUCAAAUUUCAUUCAGUUUAUGUUUUAAGUUAUUGCCCUGUGAUCCUCAAUAAAUUGUCUCUGCAAUGUUAGCUUGUCUUAGCUCAUCCUGCAGAGCCUUUCUCUCGCUUGCUUAAUUUUGGCGUCCUGGAGAAAGACUCCUCAUGAAUGGAGUAAGAUCUUUGUUGAACAUGCGCGGCAUGUUGCUUCAGCGGGCUUGGUUAGCCAGACGAUCGGUUUAUCAAUAAACGGAUGCUCGCACUCGAAAAAACCAGUUUGACGAGAGAUAACUAGAUUAAUUAGCGGGCUCGGUUGUGACCAUCGGUUUAAGAAAUAGCGGGUACUCGCACUCGAAUAACCCUGUUUGACAAAAAAUUGAUUAGCCCAGAAGUUUGAGCUGCGGUGACUUCAAAGGUUUGACGCGAUUCAGGUAGAGCCUCCUUUUCUCCUCCUCACUCAAAAAGACAAAAGGAGGAGGCUCUGCUCGCAGGGUGGUCUUAGCUUUGCUAGAAGAAGUCUUUCUUUUUUGUUCGAAAUUGGGUAUUGCUUUACAUUAACGAAAACGAGAGCCGCUCUGAACAGAAGCCAACCGUCAAGGUUGAAGCCUUUUAUAUAAAAUGACGACAAUCAAGAAGUACGGAUAUGUUCUCGAACUUUCGACCGGCCUCAUCAGGGUAGCUAACAAUUUCGGAUGAGACGAAAAAGCCACCUAAAACUUUCGAGGUGACCAAAGUUCCCCUAAGACAUCCGAACAGAUAAAUAGUUUUUAGGGCAGCUCUGCUUUGAAUUAACCAAAUAGUCUUCUUAAGCAUAGAAAAAACCAUUCAACACACUUCUGACGUACUGUAUUUGGAAACAUAGUCGUUGGGUCUCCGCCCCUCAGCCGAGUGUGUACACUGCCGUCGCUAAUUUUUCCAUAGAUUGUUGUUGUUCUUCUUCUAUACUGUUAAGAAUACGUUGUUAUAAUUAGCCAAUACGAUGCCUUCAGAAAAUUUAUAGUUCAGGAUUUUGAUAGACCGUGAUACCUAAAAUUAUUCUGCAUAUAGUCUGCCCAGGUAGAGACUGGAUAGCAGCUGUUUUGUUAUACAUAUAUACCUUCACGUUCUCCACAUAGUUACCCAUACACUUUCAAAGUUAGGGGGAUUCGUUUUUUUGUUAUUUUGAAGAUAAGAAAAAACAGUAAACAAUUCCAACAGGUUAAUAGGCGUAUGUUGUAAAAGAAUCCAAUCUUACGUUAAAACAAUUAAACGACAAAAACGAAAAUUAAUUACGAAGUUUGGACUAAGCGAUAAACCAUGGUUAAAAACUAUAAAUAAACCCUCAUGUACAUUGACAGACUUUUUUGUGCAUUGGAAGGAAGCGGUGUUACAAGAACCAGGCAUACUGUUCCAGGCUCUCAGUUAUAAAUGCGAACAAGCAAAACAAGAAGCUUAUGCAUGGCCGCCUUUUUCUAUUGCAUCGCUUUUCUGUUCACUCGUACUCCCCACUAACUAGGCCCCUAGAACAGACUAUAUCAAACUGGGCUUCAGUUAGCAUCUAUCGCUUUUUUAAUCAGCUCGAAAACUUCAGACGUAAUCAAAGGAAAUAAUACUGAUUAAGUUGUCCGUCUCUUAAUAACAGAACCACCAGAGAAGCUCAUCUUCGGUGAUCUUCGACAGAUGCGACAGGAGGCAUGGAAAGAGACCGACAAAACUGAGUUAUCGGAGAAUUUGAAGAGUAUGGCGCUUGAAAAUGGCCUGGUUAUUUCUGACAAUCAAGGAAAGGGAAACUGCAUGUUUUUUGCACUUUCCGAGCAGCUUGACCACGUAAAAGGAAUUAAACUCUCCCACUCAAAGUUAAGGGGAACCAUUGUACAAUAUCUGAGGAACAACCCUACACUGGUUAGUUUGUUUGUAUUAGUAACUUAUAGUGUUUUUUUAGUCUUCUUGAUUCUAGCUAUUUAAGGCUGCGUAACCCCCAGGGGUUGGGGUACUCACUAAGGUUUUAUAUGGGCAGGCUCCACCCCGAGGUCCAACCCUUUACCAUUUUACCUACCGUAUUUGACAGAAAAGGUUAUUACUACUACUACAACGUAUUGUAGUACUAGCAAGGAUCGGUUACUCCCUUUUUUGGACAGAAAUUCCCUCUAAAGAGGGCAAGAAACCAUUAGCGCCGAUUACGUCAUGAAUAGGCAUCUCUCAAGAUUUCAAAGUGAGUAACACGGUAAUACUAAUUUUUAAAAAAGUAAUGCAAUGUUUAAAAACUGAGGUCGCCUAUUAUAUUAUCGAGACAAUUUGUAUGAAUCUGCCAUCAUAUGUCGUAGGUUUUGAUUGGUUGACUAAAAUUAGAAAAGCCACCAUUGCUUGAGUCAUGUCGACGAAGGAAAUAAGGGCAAUCCUACACAAAAUAGAGUGGGAUUGAUAAAUUUGUUUACUCAAUUUUCCUUCUCACUGUUAUCGUUUUUUUUCUUCCAACCAUGACGUAAUCUUAAUGAGAUGCUUGUCAUGACGUCAUCGCGUUUAUGUAUUCGCGCCCUCUUUUUUAUGAGAUUCUUGUUCCAAAAUUGAAGCAAGCGGUGCCUACUAAACUACUAAAACUGUCUCUCAAGGCUCCCGGCCCAAAAGUUUUCGUCACCCCUUGAAAAAAAGACAGAGAUUAAUAUCGGCGAUUAUUCAACGAGUCUGGAAGUCAAAGUUAGUUUGAAAAGUUAACCAUUGAAUUUUGGAGUAGAGAAAGUAAUAAAAUGUUAUUAACAAAACCGCUGGGUUUUUUUUAGUUCAUACACUGUAUUUUUUUUGCUUAAAGUCGGAUGGAACAGAGCUCUUCCACUUUGUUGAUGGAUAUUCAUCUUGGGAUGACUACCUCACAGACAUGAUGGCAGAUGGUACAUGGGGAGAUCACGUGAUUCUUCACGCUGCGGCAAACCGUUUUAAAACGUGCAUCCGCGUGAUCAGCAGUCUACCGCAUCACGAUGACGUAAUGAUUUGCCCAGAGUAUGAUGUUACCGAUGGCAACCGACUUGUGCUGGGUCACGUGCACCAGCUGCACUAUGUUAGUCUUAUUUCACAUAAAAGAGGUUAG